GGAAUCCUGCCUGGUCCCUUAUCGUGGGAGCAUGAGGAAUGAUCAUUCCCUAGCGACACCCCUCGAUAGCAGUGAAUAAUAGCCAGGAAGGGCGGCAGACAGCAGUAGGAACAUGCUCAAGAGAGGUGCUGUAAUUCUUGGGACAGGGCGCUUCUGCAGAGGAGGAGGAGAAGAGCUUGCAGGGUGGACGGGAGGGGGGGUCCUGUCACUGUUGAUGCUCCCUAGAGCUCAGCAGCUGGAGAGAAACAUUGGCUAAGGAUGGUCAGAGCUGGGAAGGGAAAAAAGCAAGGAGGGAAAAGGAUGAAGUGAGAAGAGCUAGGAACCACGCUGGAGAGCAUACAAGCAGCCUGCUGACCUCUGAUGCAUGAGGGAUGAAGAAAACAGACUGUGAUUGACUAUGUGGACCAUCUGGGUGAUCUUCUGGAUUUCAACUGUCCCGAUCAAAGCUAUUCCACCUGUCUGUGACCUUCUGAGCGUCCUGAAAAGGGAGGAAGAAAAGUGUGUGGAGACUCUUUCCCUGGAGGAAAGGAACCAAACGACUGAAAACUAUCUGCUCCUGAGCUCAGGCAGAUGUGCUGGAAUGUGGGAUAACAUGAGCUGCUGGCCUUCAGCCACUGUGGGACAGACUGUCAAUGCUCACUGCCCUGAAUUCUUCCAGAUGCUGACUGGGAAAAAAGGUUUUGUGUACCGGAACUGUACGAGUGAGGGUUGGUCAGAGCCGUACCCGAGACCUGACAUUGCUUGUGGCUACAAUGUCAACGACACAACCAACGAGGCCAGACGUUCCUACUUCAUGACCCUGAAGACCAUGUAUACCGUCGGAUACUGCACCUCCCUUGUGACACUGAUGCUAGCCUUAGUGGUCCUGGCCUCCUUUAGAAGACUUCGUUGCACAAGGAACUACAUCCACAUGCAUCUCUUCACAUCGUUCAUUUUACGAGCCUCAUCCAACUUCAUCAAGGAUGCUGUGUUGUUUUCCUCUGAAGACAUAAAUUACUGUGGGGCAUACACGGCUGGCUGCAAGCUCACCAUGGUCUUCUUUCAGUAUUGCAUCAUGUGUAACUACAGCUGGCUCCUCGUGGAAGGAUUGUACCUCCACACUCUCCUGGUGAUUUCUUUCUUCUCGGAAAGGAAGUUCCUCUGGUGGUUCAUCGCCCUCGGAUGGGGAGCUCCAGCAGUGUUUGUGGCUGCAUGGGCGACUGCUAGGCAACUUCAUGAAAAUAUUGGGUGUUGGGACAUUAACACUGAUGCCAAUACCUGGUGGAUCAUUAGAGGCCCCAUAGUUUUGUCUAUUUUUAUUAAUUUCAUUCUCUUUGUCAACAUUUUAAGAAUCCUGAUGAGGAAGCUCACCUCCCCUGAAAAACGGAGCAGUGAUUUCAACCAAUACAAGAGACUUGCAAAGUCAACACUCCUCCUCAUCCCUCUCUUUGGGGUCCACUACAUCAUCUUUGCUUUUUUCCCUGAGGAUGCAAGCAGUGGUACAAUGGAAAUUCAGCUGUUUUUUGAGUUGGCUCUUGGAUCAUUCCAGGGCUUUGUUGUGGCUGUACUUUAUUGUUUUCUUAAUGGUGAGGUUCAGCUGGAAGUUCAGAGAAAAUGGAGGCAGUGGCAUUUAAGCAAACACUGGCGUCAGCAUCUCAGCACCUCAGCAAGCAAUGGAGGAAGCGGCUUGACUCAGGAGAUGCAGAUGGUGAGGUCCAGCCCAGCAGAGCACAGGAGAGGAACCCUCCAAGGGUCAAGUGUGCUUUAACCCUGUGCACCUGAGGUACCUCCUCCAUGCUCAGAUACACAUGGCUGAGUCCCACGGGCUGAGCUGGGAGUGUCGUGUCCACAUCCAAAGCAGGACUUGGCUGUAGGUCAGCGGUUCCUGGAGCACAUCUGUUCGUGUGUAUCCUGUGCAGCACCGUGGUUAUUUUGCAAAGCAGAAUGGGCCAAAAUAUUAUGCUCUUCCUUGAGUUUCUGGCCACAGUAAUUUGUGUUUCUUUCCACACCUGCUGCUAGUUCUACCUUAAAUGUGACCUUUCAUUUUCCACGUGGCUCUCCAGCAUGUUCCAGGCUAGGUCAGGCUGGUGAUUUUUUGAUGUUCUCUAUUUCUUCUGCUGCAGAAGCUGGGAGGACAUUGAAUUUUAUAUGAUGAAGGUUACAUGCCAUCCUCCACGGGUUUGAAAAGCAAAAUUAAUUAAUCCCUAGACUUUAUCAAGGUUCAAAGCCUUUCUGUUGUGGUGAUGGAUACUGAGAACAUAAGUCACAGCUGAGCUCCAGUUUCCUCUCUGACUGCAUAUCUAUUGCUCCAGGGACAGUGGCAGGUUCAGACAGGUUUUUCCUUUGCCUCUUUCAAUGGUGGAGACCUUGGAAACAACGGUGGUCCAAUUUGGAUAUUUGUAUCAUUUUGAAAUGGUGAAAGAGCUAUUACAAAAUAUUCCAAGGUGAGGGAUCACCAAAGGGUGACCAAAAAAACUUGAGUAAGAUAGCUCACCCCUAUUGUGUCUGUACCUCUGAGACUUGACCAGCUUGUAUUUGAAAAGAAAAAAAUGAAACCUCCUGAGACAUCUAAAGCUCAAUUGAACUGAACAGUAGAAGCUAUCUGGUGAAAAACAAUACCAUAGUGGCUACCAAAAAUCUCUUUAGGGUCAACAGUCCCUCAGUGUACUGAAACCUGCAGGGCUGUGCACUGUAAUAUGCUGUCAAAAAGUAUCUGAGCUAUCACAGCUUUAUGCUCUUAAGGACAUAGUUAAGCAAAUUCUCCCGUUUUGAAUGAGAAAGGGAAGAAAUAAUUCAUCUGACAAAGGAAAUCAAAUCUACUUGAUUUUAUAUCCAGAUUUCCCUAGUUGGAGUGAUUUUUGGCUGGGUUUCUUCAAGGGCAAAGAUUAUUGAACUGAAAGCAAAUGGUGUUUAUCACUUCUCCCUCCUCCCAAUCACCUUCAAGACAUUGGCAAAACAUGCAUGGCAUGUCAAAUACUGCCUGAGCAGCAUUCCCCAACCCCCUCUGCCAAAACUGCUCCAACAACCUUUUAAUCACACCAAAUGCCUGCUUGGUAGGCCUCUGCCAUUUUAUCAGAAGACAAACAUGCAGAGAAGUUCAAAGGAUAUAUUCAAGCUUAAAUUACCUAUACCAAAGCAGAUUUUUGAGUGCUGUUAGCUUUAUUUGAAACUCUGAGAUUCAGGAAAAAAAGUCUUUUUUUCAGUGGCAGUGCUGACAGCUAUCCUCCACCCUCUCAGGUGCUGCACAAGGAGGGCAGCCAGGAGAGGAAGGGACUCAGCAGCAGGGAGAGCUCUGUGCUGCCUCCAGCCUGCCCUGCCUGGCUUUCUUGGCUCUUGCAGGGCACCCAGCAACAGGAGAGCUGAACCUCUAUGACCAGGAAAAAAAAAAAAAAUGAGAUGUAAACCUGUAAAUUGGCAAGUGUUUCAAGGAAUUACUUUAAACUUCUAUUUUUGGAAAUGGCAAGGUUUCAGGUUGACUUUGUCCUUUAAAAACCAGCCAAAACAGAUAUAAGGAAGAACAGAAGCAGGAUCAGUCCCAUGACAAAAAGGAGAAGUGAAAGCCCCUCUGUGAAGGCUGGAAUGAAAGAUCCCCCUUUUUGCUGACUCACCCAGACCAAGCAGAGCCUCUGAACUUCUCGGGGAUUUACUCUGUCCCAGUGCAUUUAGCAAGUCAGAUAUUUCCAAAAAAAUGUAACCUUAAUUUUCUCUCUGACCUAUGAAUGAAACCAAGAAGGGUGAAACAACUUGUAUGUGUCCUCUCUGAGAAUUAAACAUUCAUCCUUCCAGCCAAAGCAGCUGUUUGUUUUAAAUGCAUGUGCCUCCAACCAGCAGAAAUGAAGAAAUACAGAUUCAGAGAUACAAUAACAUGUAAUUAAUUAGAUCUGAUGCAAUUAUUGGCUCUCACACAAGGCAGUGUGAGAGCUCAGCCCUGCAGUGCAUAGUGCUUCAGACCAGCACAAGAUUGAGAGGAGCCCAGGCUAAGCAUGAUUCCUAUUUGUACAGGGGCAUACCAUAUGCCCCAGAAAAAAAUGCUGCUGAUUUUUAUAUUUUAAACCCCCCAGUUCAAGCAUAAAUUGUUGUUUUACAUGGUGUCGUUUUGGUUUUAUUUAUCUUGCCUGAAAUAACCAAGAAAAAGGAAUUAUUCCCAGAUUCCAUAUAACAUAUUUGCUUCAGGCAUCAAGCACAAGCCUUGUUUGUAUGAAGAGCUGAGGCUCCACAACAACUCCUGGAUGUCAGCUGGAAUUUGGAGUCCUCAGCUCUUGGGGAAGAGCACAUCCACUGAGGAAGAUACCAGAAGCAGGCAGCCCCUGGAGUUAUGAUGCUGUGACCUUGCCUGGGUUUCUGCUGGGUGUAGGAAGCUGCUGCCAAACACCACCACAGGGGAAUCGGGUUCUUACCUCCCCCAGCUCCUGGGCAGGCACUGCACAGGCUCCCUGCACUGGGGAUCUUGCCUGUUUAGCUGUGCUGGAGGAUACCAGAGAAAAGAGCUGCUUAGCUCUGGGCACAUUGACAUGUUUAUAAGCAGAUGAAGAGGAACAGGAAAGCAGAUGUCAGUGAGCAGUGCAAAAGCAGGAGAUGAAGGCACAGAGAGGGAGCACAAACUCCAUAUUCAUAGAGCCCAUCCACUUCCCUUUCAGUGCACUUGAUCCUGGGUAUUCACUGUAAAACAGGUGGCUUCACCGCUAAAUAGGACCUGAGUACCACCUUUCACACAAGCAGUUAUCAUUGCUCAGAGCACUGGUGACAGCCUCUGGCUAUUCAGCCCACGUGCCCUGAGGAGCCAGUUGUCCUUCUGCAAGCCAGCAGGGCUCCAGCAGCCUAAGAGCUAAUGAAUUUAAUAGGAAAUCAUUAAUGGAUUUUCUCUCCUACACGGCAACAAGGAAGUUCCUAGCAAAACUGUCAGAAGCAAAACCCAAUAGUUGUGCCGUGAAUAAUUGCAUUGUGCAACGCCUGGUGCAGGGGAGCUGAGAUGGGCUGUUUCAGAAGGGUUGGUACCGAUUCACUGCGGCUGGGUCCGGUGAAGGUAAGAGGCCACAGGAAUUCAGGCAACACCCCUUCCAGGACACUGCCUGGGGCACACCCUGUUUUCACCCAGAAAUGAGGCUUUUCUUACAUGUGCCAGCUGACUUACAAGGUUGAGAAGAAGGGCGAUCAUCAGCUUACAAUAGGCCCCAGCAGAGGGAAAGAGAAAGCGGGUGAGGACAGACAUGUAAUACAUCUUUGUAAUCACCUUCCUGUGGCUUGCAAAAGCAAGCAAGGCUCAGCCCCACUCCCGGUGUCCCAACAAGCACAGCUGAUGAACGUAUUGGAGAUUUAAAAUCAAAAUAACAUGCUCUAGGGGACCCUGCUGGAGCAGGGAGGCUGGACUAGAUGACCUCCAGUGCACCCUUCCAACCUUAACCAUGCUGUGAUUCUGGAAAAACACAGUCCAGGCAGGAUACUUCCCUAGCUAGCAUGCCCUGUGUCAACAUUUCCUUAUUCCUAUCCACAGACAAUGGCUUGUGUACAAGUGUCCAAUUAAAGUUAGUUACUAAGUCUAAA